GCGGUUGCGGCCGGGGGCGGGCCGGGGUCGCGCCUCAGCGGGGGAGCUGGGCGUCGCGGGGCAGCACGGCUGGGUUGUGUGUGGAGCUGCUGCUGCUCCACGCGGAGAGGAGAGCGCGGCUGUGUGCGUGUGUGAUGGGAGCCGGGCCCGCGGGGCUGCGCUGCCGUGAGGCGCUCCCCAGGGCCGAUCCGCUCCGUCAGAUCGCUUCUGUCUGUGACAGCUGUCUGCCUUCACCCAUCGAUGGGGAAAGUCGUGAGGAAAAGCGCUACAAAAGCCAAGAAACUGGUAAGUUUAGAAGUCCGUGAGCGUGUAUCCGCGCUGACAGCCGCUCGUGAGCAGCGCUGUGUGGAAACGGGCCGUGCCUGAGGCGGGAGCCCUCACGGCUCAGCGGGGAGCGCUGUGAGCGCAGGUGAAGCCAAUGAGGCGUUAUGCCCUGCGCUGAGGAGAAGGAGAAAGAAGGAGAGGAGAAGAAGAGGAGAGCCUCAGCCCGAAAUGGCGGGCGGGCAGCGCGAGGCGGAACGCGGCCUCCGCCAGCUGCCCCGGCCCGGGCGCACCGGGUAGAGACGGGGACCGGAGGAGCGCCGCGGGGGGAGCUGAGAGAGGAGCCCCGAGGAACCGCGCGGUGGAGGUGAGCGCCGGGAGGGCGGCCCGCAGAACAGAGCCGGGACGGGCCGUGCGCCUGGGGCGGAGCGGGGCUCGGCGCCCGUAGCAACGGCGGCCUCAAACACUGCAGGCGCGUCCCCGAGCGGGUCGACGCGGACGGCCCGGAGGAGGGAGGGCCGCCGAGCCUGGCCGAGGGGCGCGGGUGUUUUGCAGGAGUCCGAUGGCGGCCGCCGGAGCCUUCAUCUGCCCGCGCUGCCGCAUGGCCUUCGGCUCCCGGGCGCUGCUAAGGGCGCACCGCGAGCGGCUGUGCCUCGGCGGGCCGGGGGAGGAGGCGGGAAGGACGGAGGGACUGCGGGACCCCUCGGUAGUGCGUGGCCGGGCUUGGGCGCGGGGCGGGGACGCGUCCGCGGGCGAGAACGCGGGCUGCGGCCGCGGCUCCUCCGAGAGCAGCUGUGCCGCCCGUCCGUCUGUUGUUGAGCAGUUCCCGCCCUCCCGUCCCGUUUGCUUCUUCAAGGUCGCGGUGUCCCGGCACGAGGAUCGCCCCAAGCACCGCCGUCUGCUCCCGCUCACCGGGCUCCCUCGGUUCUCUGUGGGACGUGAGGGCCCGGGGCGAGCCCGCGGGGCACCGCUGGGUGACGUUCUCACGCCCCGCGAGCGGGCGCUGCUCCGUGCCCCCGCUGCCAGCCGACCAGCAGAGCGGGGAGAGCCCGGCCCGCCGCGAGGGGACCCACGGGCACCGGAGCUGCUGGAGGCUCAUCAGCGCCACGUGGCUGAAAUCCGGGCCAGGACGCAGCAGCUAGAGCAGCACAGAGAGCAGCUGUGCCAGCAGCUGGCAUUGCUGUGCAACAAGCAUCUGUCACCAGAAAUGAGUUGGACUGCAGAGCUGCUGCCAGACAAAGCUGGACACCAGCACCGAGGGGAUGCCCUACACCUCGACGCCCUCCUGCCGCCCUCUGGGCCGCUGGCAGCUGAGGCCAGGGCUCUGCGGCUCUCCUACCUGCGUGCUGGUGGCCGUGACGAGGCCACCCUGGCACAGAUGUUAGACCUCCAGCUGGAGGCCAUGGCACUUGAGAAAAACGCUGCACAGAAGAUGAGCAAGUACCAGCCCCAGCGCAGAGCCCAGGGACGGGAUACCAUCACUGUUGAGGCGGCACGGGGCCUCGAUGCGGCGCUGAUGGCUGUGGAGCUGGAGAACCAGCGGCUCGAGGAUGAGCUCCUGGCAUUGAAGGUCCGGAGGGAGAUGCGAGCUGAUGUUGGAUCGCUGGCAGCCCGGCAGAAUGCAGAGCUGGCUCAGCUGAAGGCAAAUGUGGAGAUGCUGCUGCGACGCCAGGCAGAGGGGAUGGAGCCGCACCCGCCCCCCGUCGUUCUCCCACCGCCCGUGGCCCCUCCGCUCCCUCCAGCCUUAGCGGUGAGUCUGCCAAUAAGGACAAGCAGCCCCACAGCCUCCAGCCGCCCACUUGCGCCCUCCAACCUCCCCGGCAUCUUCUUUGGAGCCCUGGAUGACCCCCCUCCUACUCAGGAGGCACCAGCUCAGCACAAAAGCCCUGAGAGACACAUCUCAAGGUACAUUUAGGAAAAGCUUAACAGGAGGCAUUCAAGGCUCAAACCAAGGAGCAGCAAAACCCGUGGCAAGAUUUCCUCUAUCAUCCUGGGGCUUGUGGUGGGUGUGUGAAAUAAAUGGCUUCUACCUACA